AUGAACGUGUAUUCUUUGUUUUUGGCUCUUGCCUUGGAUGUCGUAUCUGGGUUUGAAUAUGGGCCACAGUACAGUACGAAUUUCAUUACGGAUCUGGAUCAUACCCGUGAGGGGAAAGCUCAUCGGAACGAGUUAUUCCUAGGGUUCCAAGAGAGUAGUAGCAUGUGGUUUUAUACAACACUGGCCCCAAUGCUAUGGGACACUGUAGCAAGAUGGUAUGGGAUUGGUGAGAAAUCGGCCAAAUCUCAACAAUGGAUAUGGGAUAAAUUUCAGGAGGCAUUAAAACCGUUACAGCAGGGAAUCAUAGGGUCAUCUACCAAUGAUAACACGAUAGUAUCACCUGUGGGUAACGUACUAUCCACGAUGUAUGAUGAGAAAAUCGGAAAGGGACCAAUCUCUCAAACACAAUUCAGAGAGAUAGCAAGUGAAAUCGCAGAUCAUGUGAUAGCGGGCCACGAGACUACUGGUAUCACCUUGACUUACAUAUGUUGGGAACUUUCAAGACCUUGUAACAGACACUGGCAAGAUAAACUGUUUGAAGAGUGUAAAACAGUACCAUCGGAUUUACAACGUUUAGACCAAAUGCCGAUUCUUCACAGUAUUGUCCAAGAGGCAUGUAGACUCCAUUCGGCGAUCCCGGGCAGCGAGCCCAGAUACGUCCCACAAGAGGGGCCCAAAUUCGAAGCUACACUAAGGGAUAAACACGGAACCCGUGUAGAAAUUCCACCGGGGACCAUAGUAUCAUGCCAACCAUGGUCGUUACACCUACUAGAAACACCAUUCGGUGCCAAUCCAAGACAAUUCAAUCCGGCAAGAUGGUUAAGGGACGAAACAACAGGGGAAACCGAACAAGAGUACGAGAAAAGGUUAACGAAAAUGAACAAUUCCAUGUUCACUUUCGGACAAGGAAACAGAAUGUGUCUUGGCAUGAACCUUGCAUUGAUGGAGAUGAAAUACUGCAUAGCACAGCUGUAUUCAAGGUACACCACUGAUAUUUCUCCCGAAUGGUGCAACAAGGUGUACCAGCAACAGACAGAUUCGUUGAUGGGGACAAGUGGACGUGGCAGAGCCACGUCCAUCAAAGGAACGGACGUCGACAUGAUGAGAAUGGCAGACACCUACACUACAAGACCCUUAAUGAACGAAUGCUGGCUUGAAUUUUCAUCACGUGACUAA